UGCGAUGUGCAUGAGAUGUAAACAUGACGGAAGAACUCUCCGGUGUUACGAUAGUGAUAUUUAUUGCUUUCGGAGUGCUAACGAUAGUUUUACUGUUCAUAUUCGCGAAACGGCAGAUUAUGAGAUUCACUUUACGGUCUCGUCGCGGUCCCCAUAUCCCAAUCGGACAUGAUGCACUAAAGUCUCUAAAAAAGGAGACUGAGAGACGGAUAGAGGUAAUACCAAGAAUUCAAACCGAACCACAACUUAUCAGUGAUCCGAGACUUAUAACUCCCCGAGGCCAAAUCCCACCGCAUUAUUACAGAUUAAAAGCUGUGGAUGAUGUCAAAACCUUGGAAGCUGAAAUAACGAAGUAUGACAGCUGUUUGAAGAGACAUCCGUCUGAAAAUCUGCGAGCGUAUUUACUUUCUACGCUGGCCACUCCAUUGAAUGGAAGUGGUCAACGAUUGAUUCAUCAGUUUUGCGAUUUGUAUGAACACGCGCGGCACGAUCCGACCGAAUUCGGUGAUGAGGAGUAUCAAGUGUAUACUCGAUUGUUUCUUAAAUUAAUGGAUGCGGCUCGUUUAUUAAAAUCGUAUCCGAGCAGCAGAAAGUCCAGUCCGAGUCGGACGCCUAUAAAGAAAAAUGUCGAGACAAAAAGGAAUAUAUUGGAACCGAAAAUGAAGUUGCCGGAGGACCAAACGUUGACCGGGACCCGACCGAACACAUUAACAGUGAUGAUGCUGGACAACAGUGAAACUUCUGUUUAGCAUUAUGAAUAUCGUCACAUACAACACAUGUGACGAGGUGAACGUUGACGAUUGCCAAGUUCCAUAUUGUGCGGAACUGCACACGUUGGGAACACGCUUUUCCCGAUAAAAGUUGUUCCCGCCUAACGUGUACAGUUUUCGAUCAAACGUCGAUGUCCGUUUCGACCGAU